AAACGUAAUUUUAGUUGAGCUAAACAUCUUCAAGCGACACAUUUCCAAAUUUAUUUUCCAAAUUUGUAAGUUUGACUCAUUUCGAAAUGUGUUUUGUUAGGCUCCAGACUCCUCUUCGAAUUGCAUCGAACCAGAUCCUGAGGUGUGCAAGUCAAUCUGCUGGCAAGGUAUUGAUAACGACGCCUAAAGUUUCAAUUACCGAUGGAAGUCUAAAUUAUUUGCUAGUUUCAAUCUACAUUCAUGGCGAGACACUUUUCGCAAGGACACUUGUGCGGGGUCACAAGGAUUCGCAUAAGUCAUUGUUCGAAAAUUUCAAAAAUGAUAUGGCAGAAGUUGGCCUGUGCACGAAGCCUCUUGGUGGAGGUAUGAUGGAAGUCAAUGAUAAGGCACGAACUAUCAAAAUUAAAGGAGCUUGCCAGACUUUUGGAAAAGCGGAUCACUACAAAGCAAAGGAAAUUCUCAAGUCUUUUAAGAAAUAUGAAAACUACAAGAUUUCGGUGCGGUCUUAAUUGAUGACAAAUUUUUGAUGCGAUAGAUUGGUUUUAAAUGUUUGGAAAAUAGAAUAAAAUAAAUAAAUGUGUCGUCUGGAA